GAUGUGGAAGCUAAGCCGUGUGCUGCCGCUACGGCGCGCGGGCACGCGCGUGUACGCUGCGUUCCACGACCCGCUCGACCUUGUCACUGGGCUGGAGAAGAGGGAACUGCUAGCCCACCUCGCGGGCGACUGUGACCCUUUCCGCAUCUUGAGCUUUAAAAGAGGUCCGGGAACUCGCGAGCGUCCGAACCUCGUGCCCAGCGCGUUCCACCAGCGCCUGGUGGGCUGCAAGUGCCACCCGGACACGUACCACAUCGAGUGGAUGUGGCUGCACGCGACGGAGCCCAAGCGCUGCGGCUGCGGCUACUGGUUCGAGCUCUGCCCCAUCGCGCCCAUCGUCACGUGAUGUAUACCUAGCACAAUAA